GCGUGAGUUGACUUAUCAAUAUAGCCGGCUGUUCUUCUCCCCAAAAAAGGAAAGACGAACAAAAACCCAAACUACUUUGUCCACGUGUCAAGACGCCCAUUCUGUUAUUGUGAGGUUUGACUCACCCCCUCAAAUCUCAUCAAUUUGCCCUGCAUUUUCCCAUUUGUCUAUAAAAGAACAUCUCCUCUUAAUUUCAUUUCCACCAUAUCCAUUCUACUUCUAUUAAUUACAAUAUUAUUCACAACUCUUGGCAAAAUAUUUAGCACGUCGAUAUGGCCGGAGGUGGAUUUGCCGUCUCGGGCGGCACCGAAUUCGAAGCUAAAAUUACGCCAAUAGUUAUCAUUUCUUGUAUUAUGGCGGCCACCGGAGGUUUAAUGUUCGGCUAUGAUGUCGGUGUUUCAGGUGGCGUCACGUCAAUGGGCCCUUUCCUGAAGAAAUUUUUCCCAAUAGUGUAUGAGAAAACACAAAAUGCACACCUAGACAGCAAUUACUGCAGAUAUGACAAUCAAGGGCUGCAAUUAUUCACGUCGUCGCUUUAUCUAGCCGGUUUAACGGCCACAUUUUUCGCUUCUUACACGACCAGAAGGCUGGGCCGGCGGUUAACUAUGUUGAUUGCCGGUUUAUUCUUCAUAGUUGGUGUUGUGCUUAAUGCGGCUGCCCAGGAUUUAGCCAUGCUCAUUAUCGGCCGGAUUUUAUUAGGCUGUGGAGUAGGUUUUGCUAAUCAGGCUGUUCCACUAUUCCUAUCAGAAAUCGCGCCCACGAGAAUACGUGGGGGUCUCAACAUUUUGUUCCAACUCAAUGUCACAAUUGGGAUUCUCUUUGCCAACCUUGUCAAUUAUGGCACUGCUAAAAUCAAAGGAGGAUGGGGUUGGAGGGUCUCACUUGGCCUUGCCGGCAUACCCGCUGGCCUCCUUACAUUAGGCGCCCUUCUCGUAGUCGACACCCCUAACAGCCUCAUCGAACGAGGCCAUUUAGACGAGGGAAAAGCCGUGCUCAAAAGAAUCCGAGGCACACCAAAUGUCGAGCCCGAGUUCCAAGAGCUCGUCGAGGCUAGCCGCGUGGCUAAGCUCGUGAAGCAUCCUUUUCGUAAUCUCCUCAUGAGAAGAAAUCGCCCACAACUCAUCAUCGCCCUUGCUUUACAGAUUUUCCAGCAGUUCACGGGAAUAAACGCGAUAAUGUUCUACACGCCGGUACUCCUCAACACGGUGGGGUUCGGGAACGACGCCGCCCUGUACUCGGCAGUCAUCACAGGUGCCGUGAACGUGAUCUCGACGAUCGUGUCGAUCUACUCGGUGGAUAAAGUGGGGCGGCGAGUCCUCCUUCUGGAAGCCGGCGUGCAGAUGUUCAUCUCCCAAGUCGUGAUCGCGAUAAUCCUCGGCAUCAAAGUCACCGACACCUCCGAGAAUCUGAGCCACGGCUACGCCAUUUUUGUAGUUGUCCUCAUCUGCACGUUCGUCUCGGCGUUCGCGUGGUCGUGGGGCCCACUCGGGUGGCUCAUCCCGAGCGAGACUUUCCCACUCGAGACGCGGUCCGCAGGGCAGAGCAUGACCGUGUGCGUGAAUUUGGUCUUCACGUUUGUGAUUGCGCAGGCGUUCUUGUCGAUGUUGUGCCACUUCAAGUAUGGGAUUUUCCUCUUCUUUUCUGGGUGGGUUUUCGUGAUGUCCGUGUUCGUGUUUUUUCUGGUGCCGGAGACGAAGAAUGUGCCGAUAGAGGAGAUGACGGAGAGGGUGUGGAAGCAGCAUUGGUUGUGGAAAAGGUUUAUGGAUGGUGGGGAUGAAUAUGUUGCUAAUGGUAAUACUAAGGGUUGAUCCUAAUACUCAGUUGUCAAGGGAAGGUUUUUGUCUUUGUUUCUUUUGCAUGAAUAAACAAGAGUCUAUGUAGAAAAGGUAAGGGAAAAGGGGGUGGGGUUUGAUUUUGCUACAUUUUAUUAGCCUAUUAUAUAUCAUGUGUACUAAAUAUUAUAUGAUAUGGUUAUUGGCAAAUGGUUAAAUGGACAAGAUGAUUUUGCCACUGCAUGAAAUAAUUAAUUUGGUUCAUUUUUCAUUGUAAUGUAUCAAUUAUUAGUUGAAUGAAUG